AUGGCUGAAUUUCUAGAUGACCAGGACACUCAACUGUGUGAUAACUGCAAAAGGGAAAUUCCUUUGUGUAACUUUACCAUCCAUGAGAUCCACUGUCAAAGGAACAUUGGUGUGUGCCCUAUCUGCAAGGAGCCAUUUCCCAAAUCUGGCAUGGAGACUCACAUGGCUACCGAACACUGUCAGGUAACCUGCAAAUGCAACAAGAAGUUGGAGAAGAGGCUGUUGCAGAAUCAUGAGGAGACUGAGUGUCCUCUGCGGCUUGCCCUUUGCCAGCAUUGCGAUUUGGAACUUUCUGUUCUCAAACUGAAGGACCAUGAAGAUUACUGUGGUGCCCGGACAGAGUUAUGUGGCAAUUGUGGACGUAACAUCCUGGUGAAAGACCUGAAGACUCACCCAGAAGUUUGUAGGAGAGAUGGGGAGAAAAAGAGAGACGAGGUUGCCAUGCCUCCUAACGCGUAUGAUGUGUCUUGGGGUCAAGAUGGAAUAUGGAUUGCAUCCCAACUCCUCAGACAAAUUGAGUCUCUGGAUCCACCCAUGAGGCUAUCUCGAAGGCCCCUGAGAGCCUCAGAAUCGGAACUUUCCCAAAGUAGGACUACCAACCAGAGGAAUAUGACAGCCCAGUUUCCAAUUCAGAAUAAUCUAUUGGAAGAACAAGAAAGGAAUAGAAGCCAACAGCCCCCCAUAGAGGGCGGUGAAGACGGUUCAAACUUGGACUUCAUGUUGGCCCUGAGUCUGCAAAAUGAAGGCCAGGCCCCCAGGUUGGCAGAGCAGGACUUCUGGAGGGCUGUGUGUGAGGCGGAGCAGUCCCUUGGAGGUUCCAGUGCUCUGAAUGACAUAAAGGGUACAGCUGAUGAGACCAUGUUGCCCUGUGAAUUUUGUGAGGAGCUCUACCCAGAGGAAUUGCUGAUCGACCAUCAGACAAGCUGUAACCCUUCGCGUGCCUUACCUUCAUUUAACAUGGGUAGCACUUCCCCCAAAGAGGUGGUGGAGGACCCUGAUGCCAUCUUCCAGAGGUUUCUGCAGCAGGCUGCAAGUAACCAGUUCAGCUCUUUGAUGGGCCUGAGCAAUGCACCCUCUGUGGAGAGCAGCAUCAUCAUCCCAUGUGAAUUCUGUGGGGUCCAGCUGGAAGAGGAGGUGCUGUUCCAUCACCAGGACCAGUGUGACCAACGCCCAGCCACAGCAAACAACCAUGUGACGGAGGAUAUUCCUAGACAAGAUUUCCAGUCUCCAGAGACCUCACCAGAGUUGCCCAAGAGGCGUGUCAGACACCAGGGUGACCUGUCUUCUGGUUACAUGGAUGAUAUUAAGCAGGAAACCGCUAAAGUGCCCACCUACCCUCUUCCCCCUAGCAGGCCCAUUAACAACGUUAUGGCUACCUAUAACCGUGUGUCAACAUCCACUUCGAGCCCGAAAUCUGGUUCCCAGCCCAGCGUAAUGAAGCUCAACAACUUAGACAGCCAGGACAUUCGGGGGUGGAAUAGAAACAGCCAUAAUGGGGCCAUGGCAGCUGGGCAGGUUCCAGUGAUUCGCUCUGUUCGAAGUCUCUACCCAGAAAACCUUGCGCCCUCUUUCCCCCGUGGGCCUUCAGGGAGACAUGGGUCAAGUGGAAGGAGCGAAGGUGGCAGGAACUCAAGGGUCACCGCCACAACUGCCAGCUUUCGCAACAGGACUGCAAAGGCAAAACCCCCCAAGCAACAGGGAGCUGGUGAUGCUGAGGAGGAAGAGGAGGAGUAA